AUGGACCAGAGGGAGAUUCUGCUGCAGAACCUGGAAAGGGCCCAAGGCAAGAAGGUCAACAGAGAAGAGUUUGUGGAGGAGUUUUUGAAGCUGAAAAGGCAGUCGACGAAGUACAGGUCGGAUAAAAUCUACCCUACAGCAGCAUCUGAGCAUCCAGAGAACAUCAAGAAGAACAGAUACAAGGACAUCUUACCGUUUGACCAUAGCAGAGUGGAGCUCUCCCUGAUUACAUCAGAUGCAGAUUCUCAUUACAUCAACGCCAACUUCAUCAAGGGUGUCUAUGGGCCAAGAGCAUACAUCGCAACCCAGGGUCCUCUCCCCACUACUGUCACUGACUUCUGGAGGAUGAUCUGGGAGUAUAAAGUCCAGGUUGUAGUCAUGGCUUGUAUGGAGUUUGAAAUGGGGAAGAAGAAAUGCGAGCGGUACUGGGCAGAGGUGGUUGGUCCUGCCCUGCGCUGUGGCCCUUUCUCCAUCACCUGCGAAGCCGAAGAGAAGAGAAAUGAGUAUGUGAUUAGGACUUUAAAGGUGACCCUGACCACGGAAACUCGGACUGUCCACCAGUUCCACUACAGAAACUGGCCAGACCAUGACAUUCCCUCAUCCAUUGACCCCAUCCUGGAGCUCAUCAGUGAGGUUCGCUGCUACCAGCCCAAUGACAGCGUCCCCCUCUGCAUCCACUGCAGUGCUGGCUGUGGGAGAACAGGAGUCAUCUGUGCCAUCGACUACACUCAGAAGCUGCUGAGGGAUGGAAUCGUUCCAGUGAACUUCAGUCUCUUCAGCCUGAUCCAGGAGAUGCGCACGCAGAGACCUUGCAUAGUGCAGACCAAGGAGCAGUACGAGCUGGUGUACGAUGCAGUGAUUGAGCUCUUCAAAAGGCAGAUUAAAGCUCUCGAUGCCCAGGCAGACUCUGCUGCUUCACAGGUAAAAGCGAUGCACCCUGGAGCCAAGCCCCUUCUGACCCCCGUGGAAGACAUUUAUGCUCUGCAGCUACUGAGCUGCUCAGAGCAGGAGGGACAGGAUGUGCCCCACAGCAAAGCAUCCCUGCCAUCGCCGUCUGCCCUGGGCAUGCACCACAGCUCCAGCCGUGGUGCCCCUGCCAUCAGACAGGCCAUGUCCUUCGGCGCUCUGAACUUCAGCAGCUACAGGAGGGCAGCUGCUGCCGAGGAGUGGGAUGCUGGCAGUGCUCUCCAGAAACACCACAGCCUGGAGUUCAGCAGCAUCUCUCCCGAGCUCCUGAGCCCGCGGCCGAAGGGAGCAGGCAGAAGAAAGCCUGGUGGCAGAGUGCCCCUGACACGGACUGCAUCGACGCCCUUUGUGCUGGCGCAGUGGGGAGAAGGCCAGGAGUGGGAUGGAAGGGAUGUGAAGCCUGCUUGGAGCUCACAGCUGCCAAACAGCUGUCACUCGAGCUUUCAGAUGGAGGGGGAGGAUGGAUUUUCCCCUCUCGAGCUGCACUGCCCAAGCCCAGAAGAGAAUGCCCCCCCGAGCCGCAGGAACCAUGGGCAAUGUCCUCACCAUCACUGCUGGUCAGCAGAGGACCCCUACUUCUCUGCCCUCUCUCCAGAUGACUCUGAGGCUCUGGUGUUUGCUGAGUGCUUUGUGGAAGGGCAGGAGGCUCUUCCUGCUUCCCGUGCCAUCCAUGCCCCUCUGCAGCCUGCCAUGGCCAGCUCCCCGCCACCCAGACCCGUGUCCCACCAGGCUGCCCUGCUGAAGGAGGAGAGGACAUCCCCCCUGACCACCCUGCCACAGCCAGAUGAUGAGGAUCCUCCGCCCCUGCCUGAGCGAACCCCCGAGUCCUUCAUUGUGGACAGUGGCUCUGGACAACUCCCUCUGGCUGCUUCUGACUUUCAGCUUCCAGGCAGCAGUACAAACAUCAGAGCCUCUCUGGAGCAGAGUGGUGACUCUCACUCGGAGGUGUCUGCUGACUCAGUGAGACUGAGACCAUGCCAGAGUGUGAAGCUGUGGAGCCCACAGACAGAGACAGCUCAGGAUCACUCUAACUCUCCUCCCCCGCUUCCUGCAAGAACCCCGGAGUCAUUUGUUCUUGCUGAUGCAGCAAGUCUGCAGCCUGCUGCAAGAAACCCUACCAGGAGUCCUGCAGGGCUGGAGAGCAACACUUCAGAAACGUCGUCCAAAGAGCCUGCAAAAUGCUUCAGGAGGAGCAAGAGCUUGAAAAUACUGAAAAAUGUGAGAAAGAGCAUCUGUGGCCCACCCUCGCUGACAAAAGCAUCGGAACCUGCCCUGACACACCAGUCGAGAUCUCUCCUCAACUUCGCCUUUGCAAAUCGAUUUUUAAAACCUAAAGGACCAAGAAGCCCACCACCAGCAUGGGACAUUUAG